AUGAUUUUCUCUGUCUUUGUUUUUUUUAUUUGUUCAUAUAAAGCAUGCUAUCCUCUAUUUUGUGAUUACAGGAACAACGAAACAGAGAAUGAAAGUCGUGAUCUUGGCCUUAAUCCGAUCAAACUUUCUUCUAGCAAUUCGGGGACAGCAACCUCGGACGCUGAUUUUUGCGGUUUCAGGGUUAUCUGCUUGCCGGUGCCUGAUGAUUCAGCUGAUAUUAUCACCCAUUUUAUCAAGAACACCGCAAUAAUACAAGGGAAGCACGAGGGAGCGGCAGAGAUCAAGCAUGGUAGUCACCGUCACCCAUUAACUCUUUAUGAAGGGCCAAUCGACCAUGCAUCGUCCCACUUUAAUGUGGCAUGGAAUGUUCAAAAAUGUCAUGGGUGUGCACAAAGCAUCUCUGCUCCAUUUUACUAUUGUGUUGAAUGCGAGUUUUACCUACAUGUGUGGUGUGCGGAGCUACCCGAGGAGCUACGACACCCAGCUCACCCACAACAUAAUCUUUUCUUGAGCAAGGGCAGUUGUGUUAUCAAAUGCAAGUGCUGCAACUUAUUUGGCUCUACCCUUUUUUACGAAUGCGAAAAAUGUUAUUUCUACCUCGACUGCAAGUGUGCGUCCCUACCUCGAGUUAUCAAACAUGAAAGUCACGACAAGCACACUCUUGCCCUCAGGCCAACACCCUUCUCUGGCACUUGCAUAUCAUGCAGUGCCAGUUUGAGAAUAUCAUUUGAAUGUUGGGGCUGCAAAUUCAAUCUAUGCGUACGGUGCGCUAUUUUACCACGCACUGUUCGGCAUAGAUAUGACAAACACCCGUUCACCUUAACCUAUUCUCCUCUUCCGUACCGGACAGACGACGAUUUUUGCGAAAUUUGCGAGGAAGGGAUCGACUCCAACCGUUGGUUCUAUCAUUGUGGGGAAUGCGACCAAUAUCUUCACACGGAUUGUAUACUCCCCGUUGAUCAAGUUUCAAAUAUGGUAUAUAAUGAUUGGAAACCCAUUAACAGUCGGAAGCAUCCGCACCGGCUCAUUUUCGUCGCAGCCAACCCAGACACGUCGUGCAGCCUGUGCCAGAGGAGUAAUGCUGAUUCUGAUUAUUACUGGUGUCCACCAUGUGGAUUUCGCCUGUGCAAUUCCUGUGAAGAAAAGGAAAUUGAGGGGGAAAUUUGCUGAAGAUUGCUUGUGUGUGUUUGUUCCAUCAAUAUAUGGCUCCUUAUUUAAUUAGGUGGUGUUGUUCAUCUCUGUUUCGGGUUUUGUUUAGUACUGGGUUAGCGGUAUACAUGCUUGUACACCGAUCUUAUAUUCAUUCAUCUCAGUUUGAAGGAUUGGUGAUUAUCUUUUCAGCAGUGCAACAAGAUAAUUUAUAUAUUGAAUCUUUGCAUCA